GAAAUCCCUUUCUAAUUUCAAGAUUACAAUCGCGAUGUUAGUACAAUGGAUAUUUACUAUAUAUAAAUGUGUAAAUGUCUUUCAACUUAUUUUAAAAUAGACUUUUAAAGCUUUUAUACGAACUCAGCCAAGUAGAACAAGGCUUUGCGACACAUGACUUCAUCCAAUAUUUUACUACCUUGAACAGAGCGUUUCGGUUUUCGACUCCACCCGUUGAGUGGAAAUUUGUGGAAUUUGGAAAUUAGACAUCUGCUUCUUUAAAAUGGCAGCUACUAGGAGCACUUGUGGUACUGUGAUGCUUGUUGCAGGGACUUGUUUUACAAUACUCACAUUGAUUUUUGUUGCUAUUUCCUUUGCAACAGACUAUUGGAUAUCGUAUACAGUUAAAAGGGAAAACUUAUCAAACGUUGUGAAAAAUGCUGAAGCCACUAAUGGUAGAUACACGUUUUCCCGUAACCGUGGAUUAUUUAGGGAGUGUUACCCAAAUGCUUCUGAUGCCUUUUUGUCAGCCCAGACAGCUGAUGUGUCCGACGGGGAAUGUUUUAAAGUAGACUUAGAUAUCCCAGAUGCUACAGCAGAUAGUCUAACGAAUCAUUAUAUAUCUAGAAUACAUUUACUUAGAUCCUGCAUAGCUUUCAUCGCAGUCGGACUAUUUUUAAUCCUGGUUACAUUUAUUGUUGGAUUAAUUCCAUUAAGUUGCAGCAGACGAUCGAAAUGGGCUUUUACAGCGGGCUUCUUAGCUUUCUUAGUUGCAUUUUUCGUAGCUGGAGGAAUGGCAUUUUUCCAUGGAGCCGAAUAUCUUGAAAAAAGAAAAAUAACAGAUACUUUAGAUGGUGGUAAAAUGAUAUUCUACCAAUCGUGGGCUGACGACAUAAAAAUUAAUACCGACAGUGAUUACGAUUGGUCAUAUGCUUUGGGGUGGGUUGGUGUCGGAUGUGCCAUUAUCACCGCUAUCUUUUACGUCAUUGCCGGAUUUUACGUAGGCGAUGAACGCUACGAAGACCGUGAAUACCUCGAUAAGUCAUCAUCACGUGGGCGUGGACAAGAUUACGCAAUGGGCAAUGGAUACGACAACAGAGCCUUCCCUCCUCAGAUGGAUCGUCCCUACCCAGGAGCAUACCCAUACCCAGGACAAGGAUAUCCAGUUCCCCCACCACCAAUGGCUUAUCCACCCGGUCCAUAUGUACAAGACCUGGAAAAUGGACGACAGUUGCAACCUAUGCCAUACUGGUCGUGGAGUUAAAUUAUCGUUGGCGGGAGACAUCCGCUAUGGUGCAUUUAUAUGCGUGAUUUUUCAAUAUAUACCGUAGAUAUUUGUCUGGAAUCUAGCUUUUAUUCAUAAACUACAAAGUGCGUUCUAACAUCCUUGCUAGUAUUUACCACUUCAACUAUGCAGAGAAAACCAUACAUGUAAGGAUAUUGGUCGACAGAUUGUCUUACGGCAAACCAUGUUGUAAUCACGAGCACAUCUUACAUAUUACUUAAUACAUUCCUCUUGGCUGGACAUAACUUAAUGACUAGGCAUUUUAGUAAUUCUCUAUCAGCUCAAAUUGCUCGGCCAGGUCAAAUCAAUGGUGUAAUAUAUUUUUUAGAUGAACUGUUUUCAUAUACAAUGAGAUUAGGGCCAGUGAAGAAAACCAGCAUAAUAUUCUUUUACCUUUGUUAAUGCCAUAUUUUAAUUAUAUUUUUGUAAGAUUUUAUAGUACAUGUAUAUACAUGGCUGUGUACAUAUAUUUCUUUUUUAUACCAUUCAAUCCAAAGUUAAACAAUCGUAAGAAAACACGAUUUCAGUACGGACUUGCGAGUUUGGAAAACAUAGUAUAACUCUAGGUAAAUAAGGAUACUGAAUUGACAACAAAAAUUAGUAAAUUUUACACUAAGCUAAGUCAUCUGACAUGGAUAAAAAUAUAAAAGAAACAAAGCACUUAAAUAUGUAUAUUCGUUGGUCAAAAAAUUUUGGUUUCCAGUUAUUCCAGCAAUACAUUUGAAUUUAUUUCCUGUUUUCUUCCAAUUGAUAGGUUUUCGAUUAAUUACGAUUUUUCUUUCUCCUGGGCCCUUCAUUUAAAUAAAUAUUUUUAAAUUUACCAUUAUCCGUAAAUAAUGAUUGAUUUUAGUCUAUGCAUUUUAAUUUGUGUAUCUUAACAAUACAUUUAUACUCUUGUAUGUGUUUUAAAAACACUUAUUACACAAAUAUGACAACUGCUGUAAAUAAUCACAUACUGCUGCAUGUAUUCAUUGUAAUAUCAGAGACAUAUUUAACCCGAGAUCAGAAAACAGUUUGUAUCAAUUCUUUAAUAUUAAAAGUGGGAAAACGAUACCAAAACACUUCCAUUUCCAUCGUUCAAUAAUGUCUAUAUAUUAAAAUAAAAAAUUAAUAUUUUUAGAUUUUUUAAAAUCGUUUAAAAAUCGACCUAGUUGACACUUUUGGUAACAAAAACGAGAUUUUGACGCAAUUUUGCAGUUACCAAAUUCGAGUAUAUAUAUGUCUCUGAUAAAGACAGUGAAAAGUAUUUUACAUUAAAUAAAAAUUUUACUCACAAAGUAUAUAAUGUUUUUUUUCAAAGUUAUAUGUUUAUUUUAUGAAAAUUAUAUAAUUGUCUUUUUAUCGACAUUACAUGAUCAUUCAUUUUGUAUAUAAUAUAUAUUAUACUGCAACAGUAUUUCCGACACUGCCUUCUUGUAAGCAAUAGUACAUGUUUGAUAUUUCAAAACUGGUGUCUCAUUCCAAAAUUCAUCAAAUAAGAUAGAAUACGUCAUUACCCGAGUUCUAGUCCACAUGAUUAAUAAACACAGCUUUACAAAAAAAAAACAAAUACAUGAAUACAUGUGUGUUAAUUCUAAUUCGAGUAAUUAAAAGGACUAGGAUUAAAUGCAACAUCAUGUUAUGAAUUCAAACAAUUUUAAAUAAGACAUCAGUUUAAGGGUGUCUUCUUUUUAUGCAUUCCAAUUUAAAGCAGUGAACAUUUUUAGAUUUCUUUUUUGGAAUGGGGGAGAGGGAAAAUCUUUUCUCCAAAAUUUUCAGCUGUUAACUUUCAAACAUACAUAUCGUUUUAUCGUUUUUAUCAUAAUUAUUUUCAUAAAUGUAUAAUCUAUAAAAGCAAUAAAACUGUACGAACUCCUAA